GAAGAUCGAUGAUGAACACAUAGAAGUUUAUUUGCUAGAGCUGAAAAGCGCAAUAUCAGUCGGUAUUUGUACUCAGGCUUACAACCUAUUCGUCAUCGUCCAUCGAAUCGCGCUCGCAAACCGUUUAACAUACGUUCGGGAUACGUAUUUUUCGUACAUUACGAAUCGGACACCCACGUCGAGCAGUGUGAUGUGAGACACAUAGAGCUGCACGACGAACCCACCUUCGCUACUAGCUACACUCGAAAUUUUUAUCGCACUUGUUUCAUCGCAAAAUGAACAGACGAGGAACAACUUCUACCGACUACACGGUUGCUCGGUCGUGGAGCGUUUGCUGUCUUCUCGGUCAGGGUCGUUAUAUCCACUUGCAGCUCUGUCUGACAGGCUGCGGCUGCCCUCGCUCGGUUGGUACUAUGUCUAUGAAAAUAUCGUUUUCAUCGUGAUCAACAUCACAUUCGAUUUCGUCGUUCAAAUUCUACCUUUUCGUCUGUCGUUUCACCGAUUGCUCGUGCUUGACAACGCAACGACUCGGAUUUAAUUUUACAAAUAACUUCUUACCACCAGCAGACCACUAAUCGGAAAUCGCAUAACUGCUCCCAUUACAAAGUGUUACCCCCAGCAUCAUCUUCUACCCCGAAAAUCCUAAAGUAAGCAUUCACAAAAAAGAAUGACUGUACAUCAUUAUCUACAGCUAUCCUUAGCUUGUCGCAAUUCAUCGGAGUACAGUUUUCUCUAGCAUUGGCGGUUUUUUAUAAAAAGGCUUACCGCGACCCACUGUUGGAAUAAUUGAUAAAAAAAUGGCACCUCCCACCCAGUAUGUGCUCAAGCGGAAGCAGGGUAAGGGUAGCGGCGGCUGCUGCGGUGGUGGCGCGAGGCUGGUCCCGGUCACCUGCUCCGUGGUCCCCUCGCACUCCGGCCCGGCGCGGUUGUGGGUCGGAGAUGACCAAAUGCGCGUCACGGAUUGCAAGUAUAUGGAGGAGUCCAACAUGUAUCAUUUGUAAAAACGUCCCCACCCCAUAGUCAAGAUGGAAACUCUGCAACACAGAUCGAGAAGUUUUGGGAGUCACACAUGACAAGUUUUUCUCUGUACUGUAAAUGUAAUGCGGGUUAGUACCAAGGACAGCCACAGCCGCAUCACAAAGCCAUUCUGGUAUCCUGUUUACAGCAUCACAAAUUGCAUCGCGCGAUUGAAAGAGCCUCUCAUGGGGAUUCGCAUUACAAGUUUUCCUGUGACUGCAAUUCUGCAUGGCAACUAUGGGGUGGGGGCAUUUUUCCUCACAAUAGCAUUAGCAUUCGCUUCUCGACCGAAUGGGCCACCUACGAACUCUUCGGGGAGCGGGCGCGGUCUCUCGGAACGGAAAUUCUGAAGGCGCAGCAAAGUGGAGAAGACACGGCACCGGCAAAGAAAAAAUCAAGUAUUGUUUGAUGAAGAUGUGACGAUUACCAGUUUUGUGUACAACAAACAGUUGUAGUUCUUGAUUAAGCACAGAGGCAGAUGGGAGGCAGGUCCUCGUCGUGCAUACAAUUCUUCAUACCAAUCUGUUUUUUCGUGCAGGCAUUCGUUGUGACUGCACAAAAAUAUUCUGUAUCAUGAUGAUCUAGAACGACAUGCAGAUAUGUUGGAAGAAAAAAGAGCUUCCGCCGUCUGAAACUGAAACUGAAAAGCUGAUGUGAAAAGAAUACCUACGUAUUUACCAGGUCACCACGAGGCAGACACCCCCGAGAUUCCGGCCCCGCAGCCCAAGCGAAAGUCCGGCCAGGCCGCCAUUUCUACGGAGAAAUCACAAACAAUCGAGUUAACUGAGCUCCCGGACGGGAAUGAAGAUAAUGACGAUCAGGACGGGGAGCAAGAAGACGAGGAGGACGGCGCCACGCCAGAGUACAAGGGCAGAUCGGUUGAGGACAUCCUGGCCGAGUUGACGGAUCUGAUGCACGUCUACUCAGCAAUGAAGGUGGAUUACAAAGCGGCUCUGGGGAGAAAAGCCGGGUUGGAAAAGGAAAAAAAGAAAACGACCGAGGUAUAGUACAUAAACGUAAAUAUGAUUUUUGUUGUGCAGAAAGAAUAUUGAUCGCGAUGCGGCAGCAUGAGAAGGAGAACCGCACUUGGGCGGUGCAUUCUGCUUCUGAUUGUGGCACUUUGCUUAUUUCAAUUCGAUGUAGUACAUUCAUGGGAAUAAGCUGCGCCGCCUUAUCCUUGGGUGGACAACCGCACUUCUAUACCACGUGUCGCUUGUAUAGAAGUAGCAUUCCCGCUUUGCAUGUGAAAAACAACAUAGUGCGAGAAAUGCUUUAAUGGUACUGAACUGAUCAAAAAAUUUCAAUAAUUAAAGGUCGACGAGUCCAUUGGCAUCAUUCUGAUGGGGCGAUAUCCCAGAGAAAAAAGCUGGCAGGUCAUAUUUGUAAUGCAAAAAUAAAUACACAAAAAAACCUAUAUUGCAUAUCCGGAGCAGCAUGCUAUGGGGCCGCCCAUGACAAAUUUUUCUGUGUAUUCAUUUUUGCAUUACAAAUAUGCCCUGCCAGCUUUUUUCUCUGGGAUAGCCGAAAAGCGUUGAUGAAGGACCUGCAGAAACUGCACGACGAAUAUCAAAUGCAAAAAUGUCUGGGUGUGGAUGAUUGCAACUUGUCAUGCUAAAUCUGAAGCACGCAAAAAUCUGUGUUGCAUGAUUACCAAAAGUCGUCCAGUUUUGACCAGGUCGGGAGAGAGUUUCUCAUGCAGGAUAGGCAUGAGAGACAUCGCGCAAAAUCUGUCAUGCUAGGUCUUGCAUUUCUGCAGGUGCAGACCUCAUGGGUCAUGGAAAGCAGCAUGACAAGUCGCGCAUUCUUCCAGACCCAGACACUUUUACAAUCCAUAACGAACUCCAAGACACCAUGAACUGGUGCGCAGAAAACGACCCGGACAACGCAAACGAAUCCGUCGGCGGCUCCCACGCGUUCAAUGACGCAAGAACCAUCCUCGCCAAGUGCCAGGAGCGCAUGCUGGACGAAGACGAGACCUUCAACGUGGGGCACACGAUCGACCCAAAGAAAGCGCCAAAGGCGGUGAGCCGAGGUGGAGCAGCUAGUACGCCUGCGAAAAAAGAAGAUUUGAAGUCGGAAGCAACAAGGGCGUCACAAGUGGCAGCGCCGGAGGAUGUUAAGGUAUGAAAGAUUGCAUUUGCAGUGGUGCCUUGAUGAGUUUAUGCAUCGCAAAUAGUAAUAUGAAUAUCCUGAUCUUCCUUUCCUAGUAUCUAUCGAUAAAUUUCCCCAAGGUGAAAAUGAAAAAUCGUGUCUGUAAAAAAGCUGGUUUUGGUAAGAAGUCUAAGGUUGUAGUCUUCAUGUGUGAAUGCAAUGACAAAACAGGUCGACAUGGAGGAGGAAGAGUAUGAGAAGAAAGAGGGCGAAUUAGACAACAUUAACCAGUUAUCCAUUGCAAAAGUAUCGUACACGUAGUAAGAAUCGCAGUCAUGCAUUACAAAUCUCCAUCCCAAGGCAAAUCAGCAUGACGAAUUUCAUUUCUCAUGCUGGGCUAAUUUGUCAUGCGAUUUAUACUAGUGGCGCGAUACUUUUGCAAUGCAUACCAGUACCUGGGCGACGAUUUAGAUAUGGUCGACGUGAACAUCAGAACGAUCGUGCACGUAUCAAGUGUAAAAACGUCCCCACACCAUAGUUGUCAUGCAGAUUUGCCAUGACAGGAACAUUUGUGAUGCGCAACCCCAUGACAGGCAUUUUCAAUCGUGUUUGGGAACUUGUAAUGCUGUAAACAGGAUCAGCAGGUCGAUUUGUGAUGCGGCUUCCCUUGCUAACUUGCACUACCUUACGGACUGAAACUUGUCAUGCGUGACUCACAAAACUCCUAGGUUUGUGUUGCAAAAUCCCCAUCCUGACUCUGGUGUGGGUACGUUUUUACUCAGCAUAGCACGGCUUCGAGGAAAAAGUCUCCCCCGGGCACAUCGCGCGGAUUUUGAAGCCGAAGAACGAGAAAAACUGGAUUUUGAUGGAGGACGUCGCCACCGGGAUCUCGCACUGGACCCCGAGUUGGGUCGUGUCCAAGGGGUUCUUCCGCACGUUGGCGGCGUAUGAAGGUGUCUGCGAAGAGAACGACCUCGUGGAAUAUUUGAAAGGACCGCUGGAUGGCUGGGUGCUGGUACUGAUAACUAACUCUAAAUGAACUCUUGCAGAUGAUCAAGUAGAGGUUUUGCGGUUCACUUCAUAGGUGGUUUUAUUCCUACCUGUACCUUCAUGUUGGACUUGGAUCUUGCAUGAUGACAUAAUCUUCGGAGCAAUGCUCUCGUCGAAGAAGUUGUCAUGCGCCGGACGAAGAUGCGAAGAUGAAAACAAAAGCGAAAAAAUUCUAAAUCAAAAAUCCAGAUCCGCAACGUGACGAACCAUGCUACACACGCGGAUUGGGUUCCGCUUGCGAACCUCCCAGACCACGCGGUGGAAGUGAAACCCAAGAAGGAAGACGGUCCCGUUCAGUUCCACGCCUUCCACGAUUACAAGUCCAAGGACGGCAAAAUUACCCUGAAAAAAGGGGAGGAGCUGAAGCUGCUGAACGGCCCGACAAACGGGUGGAUCGGCGUUUCCUGGGUCAACGAGAAGAAGAAAGCCUACGUACCCUACUGGGUUUUACCCCACGGGUUGAGGCCCGCGGACGGGGGGAAGAAAAAGGAGGAUAGUACUCCUUCCGCUGCUCCGGCAAGCAAGGCAGAGGAACCGAAAUCGAGUGCGAGCAGGGGGAGUAAUAAAUCGAUAGUUAUCCUGUGCAAAAGUGAUGUCCUCGCGCCAUCGUACUCAUUCACAUGCGACAGCAAUUAUACACCAGCAUGACAGUGAUACUAUUACUAGAUGACAGCUGGAGAUCUUCUUCUUUGUCACCCUGUUUCUUUAAUCAUGAACUUCACCUGCAUGAUCGCAGCCUUUUUUUCUUCUUGAAAAGAUUAAGAUUCGUCAUGCCAUUUUUUGUGCUGGUAUUAUUGUGCGAUGAUACAAAUUUUGCGAUGCAUAGAACGCGACGCUGCGGAGGAGCAUGAAGACUACCACCACGAGGAUGCAGAUCAUCACCAAGACAGCGCCCAGCCAGCGAGUCGAGCAAGUGAUAGCGCAACAGGAGCUGCAGCCAAAACUAGUACAUCCGCAUCUUCCCCGAAUAAGGUACUGGGAGGUGUGAAGCACAAGGCCAAGGCGCAUAGCACCUCCGGCGGAACUUCUGCGGUGGGCGCGGGGGCGAAGGCACACGUCGCGCACGCGAAGCACAAGGCAAAGGCGCAUGCAAGACCAACUAAGUAAAAAAGAUGUUUGAGUUGGUGUUCUUGCUGUCGCGGCUUUACUUUUAUAUAUCAACUUCAUCGCAAAUCGAAGAAAAUUCGAGAAAAACAAAAGUCUCACAAAAUCAUAAUGUGUCGUUUACAAGCAUCUACCACGGACGAAAGAAGAUUUCAAUGUGUCGAAUCUCUCUGUACUGCAAAAUUCGAAGUAGUAAACUUGUUUCUCAACGUAUACAAGUUGAAGUUUCAGAAGCUACUUCUUCGUAUCGACGAUUAGUCAUAGAAUAUAUGCAGCAUCUACGUGGUUUUAUUCGAAGAAUAUCUUACAGCUAUUGUUUCUAAUUUGACUCCCGAGGACUCUGUAUUAUUCCAUCUUGUAUGAUAUUAUGUCCUCCACCCUUUGUUCCACCCUAAUUGAUAUUAAUCGUUGCGCCCUUGUAGUUCCCAACAAGGUUGUAGUUCCAGUAAGAUUUUAUUGCCAGCAGACAAACCUGUACAAGUAACAUCAAGUGGCAACGCAACUACUUACAAGAGGUGAGAAUUAGUUUAACAACCACUCGAGAAACAAGAAUCCGCGUUGUUGGGAUGAAACGUAGUGGCAGUAUCAGGCCAGCAGGAAGACUGUACAACUACAACAAGGCAAAAUAAAAUAAUCCAGACCGAGUAUCUACUAGUAGUACACAACUUUGUACAAAUAAAAAUAUACUAAAAAAAAAUCAGCUAAGAUAAAAAAGUGUCGGAUCAUUAUCCGACGG